AUGCCUCCCCUCCCCAAUUUCAGCAACAACCCGCUCCUCACCCGAAACGACCUCCUCCACGCAGCCCUCGCCCUCGUCCGCCCUCUCCACGCCCACUUCUCCCCCGCACACGCCUUCAUCCGCCUCCCAAUCUCAACAGGCGCCCACUUCGACGAUGGCGCCGCCCUGCUCGAGGGAUUCGCCCGCCCGCUCUGGGUCAUCGCUACCCUCCUACACUCCUUAUCCUUCACUUCCGACCCUACCACCAUCGAAGCCAUAAAAACCGCCUCCCAACCAUGGAUCGAGGGCAUCCGCGCCGGCACAGACCCAGAGCAUGAAGAAUACUGGGGCACCAUUGCCAAUGGCGACCAGCGCAUGGUCGAGGCAGAGGUCCUAGCCUGCGCGCUGCUCUUCGCGCCGGACGCCUUCUUCCACGGCCAGGAUGCGACCACCCGGCGCAACAUCGUUGCGUGGCUGCGCGGCAUGCACGGGAAGGACAUGCCGGUUAACAAUUGGCGGUGGUUUCGGGUGUUUGCGAACCUGGCGCUUGUGCUUGUUGCGGGUGUUCCGUAUGGUGAGGUCAAGGGGAAAAUGGACGCUGAUUUUGAGGUGCUGGAUGGGUUUUAUCUUGGGGGUGGGUGGUCGGGCGAUGGGCCGUGGUUGUCUGCUGAGGAGGAGAUAAGGGAAAGGGAGGAGAGUAUGCGCACUGGGCGAUGGGAUGCCGUAGGGUGUGGGCGCCAGGCGGAUUACUAUUCUGGGAGUUUUGCGAUCCAGUUUAGUCAGUUGCUUUUUGUCAAGUUUGCGAGCCAUUUGGACCCCGAGCGGGCGGAGAGGUACCGGGUCCAGGCGAGGGAGUUUGGGGGGAGUUUUUGGUGGUAUUUUGACAGUGAUGGAGGCGCAAUCCCCUUUGGACGCUCCCUGACCUAUCGCUUUGCGUGCGGAGCGUUCUUCGCUGCACUGGCUGUCGCCGAUAUCCCUGAUAUGCCAGACCCGUUGGCUUCUCUCGGCGCAGUCAAAGGCUUCCUCCUGAGACAUUUACGCUGGUGGGCGACUCACUCAACAGAUAUGUUCUACGCCGACGGGACGAUGAACAUCGGCUACUUGUAUCCCAACAUGUACAUGGCCGAAGACUACAACUCCCCCCAGUCCGUCUACUGGAGCCUCAAAUCUCUCAUCGUCCUUCUCCUCCCCGACUCGCAUCCCUUCUGGACCACCCCAGAAGCACCCUACCCAUCCAUACAGCCAGCAGUUAAGAUCGUCUCCGCACCACAGCAACUCCUCUGCAACCACCCAUCCGGAGGCCACCACUUCCUCCUCAACCCAAGCCAAUUCGUCGCCUGGCCGAUGAAAGCCUCGCAGGCGAAAUACUGCAAGUUCGCGUACUCGUCCGCGUUUGCGUUUAGCGUGCCCACAGGCCCAUUAAUACAGCAGCUCGCGCCGGAUAGUACCCUUGCAUUGAGCCGGGAUGGGUGCGCGACCUGGGCUGUGAAGUGGAAGGCGUCGCCUGUUCGGUUUGGGACUGCUGUCGUACAGGGACAGGAGGAGAAAAUCCCAGUGGCGGAGGUCAAGUGGCGGCCGUGGGUGGAUGGGGAGGUCACGGUGCGGACUACGCUGGUUCCGCCGACGGAUCGGUGGCCGGAUUGGCAUGUUAGGGUUCAUCGGAUUUAUCGUAAUAAAAAUCUGGAGAGGUUGUAUUUGGUUGAAGGGGGGUUUGCGAUUGAGCGGGUGCCGAAGGCGAAUGCGAAGACGCCUGGUCGGGAGCGGAUUCUUCCUGCUCUCGAGGGUGAGGAUUGGCUGGACACGGAUAUUGGGGUAGGGGAGGGGGUUCACGUAUCAGAGGAUAGUGUGCUUGUUCUGUCUGCGGCUGGGGCGAGCGGUGUCCGUGGGAUAGCUUCCAUGGCAAGGACGGAGCAUGAGGCGCUGAAGCCGGACUCGAAUACGAAUCUCAUGGCGCAGCGGACGUUGAUUCCUGUGGUGAGGCACGAGGUUGGCUCUGAGGAAGUGGUCCUGGUGACGGCUGUCUUUGCAGUUGCAACGACACAGGACCAGAGUCAGCGGAGUCUACGGGAGAGAUGGAUGGACUUUCCACGGGUCGAUUUAGAGGACGACACUAUCACGCUGCAGUAG